AUGUUGAACGGCACAACAGAACGUGCAAUAUCUCUCCAGUCGUCCCCAGUGAAAGUAUCCCCGUCCCCUGUCAGAGCCACAUCAAGUCCAGUGAGAACACCUUCAUCUCCUUUAAAAUCCUCAUUAUCAGCCUCUGGUAGGCAAAGAUCACCUCGGAAAUGCCAAUUCUCGGCACCAGUAGAAGAUGCCAGAGACAAAUGCGGAGCGUCAUGGCUCUGCCGGCGUGGUGCCGCGACCGGCGAGGAGACGGAACCUGAAAGAUCACCGGGGCCGAGUUCAUUACCCCAAGGUUGUGAGGAUUCGGCACCUCCGCCCAAAAACUGCUUCAGAUUAGUUAUGCUGGGUUCCGCACGAGUGGGUAAAACGUCUCUAGUAUCAAGAUUCCUCGGUAACAAAUUCGAAGACAGCUAUACUCCGACCAUCGAGGACUUUCAUCGUAAGCUGUACAGGAUCCGCGGCGAGGUGUACCAGCUUGAUCUCCUGGAUACUUCGGGGAACCAUCCGUUCCCUGCUAUGAGACGACUUUCCUUUCUUACGGGGGACCUCUUCGUGCUGGUGUUCGCGAUGGACAGCCGGGAGUCUUUUGAAGAGGUAAUCCGGCUCCGGGAGCAGAUCCUGGAUACGAAGGCUAGCGCAACCAGCGGUGGUCGCGGACGUAAGCAGGCGCCGCGCGUGCCAAUGGCCAUUGCUGGCAAUAAGUGCGACAGAGAUGUAAAGACAGUCCAACCUGAAGAAGCCACCGCGUACUGCGCGACACAAGACUCUGCCUGUGUAUUUGUUGAAACGUCAGCAAAGAAGAACUAUCGCGUCGACGAUCUCUUCUACGAGUUGUUUGUGGUCGCAAAUCUUCCUUUAGAAAUGGCACCGAAUCAUCACAAGAGGGUGAGCACGGCGUUUGGUAGUCCGUGCACUUUACCACCGACAAGUAGCCAAAGUAGUAGAAGUAAAAAAUGUACUCUAUCAAUCAAAAGACGAUUGUCUGAUGCGUGUGGAGUUGUUGCUCCGAAUGUUCGGCGACCAAGCAUUCGCACCGAUCUCAUGAUAAUGAGAACGAAGACAUGUGCCAAGGGAGAUGGAGAUAGCGGGAGUGGCAGCCCCAAGCUCAACCUGAACAGACUGGUCCGGACAAGCGGGCAGAACGAUAAGAGGAGUUGUUGCAUACAGUGA